AUGCCUUCCUCUCCGCAGACUCCAGGACACUCGCGUCAUCCCUCGAGCGUUGACGCCUCAUAUCAGUACAGCAGCGUCAACUCGUCGCCUCAGAACCGAAGACCGUCAAGAUCCUCUACACAUGAUUCCACAACACCGUUGCGUAGCAGCUUUAACAACCAAGAUGGUCUAGACAUCUCUUAUGCCGGUGGGGUGGUUGGGACGGGUAAUGGCCUGGGCAAUCUCGCGGAUGAGCUGGCUGACGCAUUUUCCGACUCCGGGGACGAGGGAGAAUAUUAUGAGGACGAUAAUGGGACACCAAACAUCAGUGUCGAAGAGGCCGAGGGGCGAGCUGGCGCCGAAGGUACACGGGACAGCGGUGUCGAUGUCUCGAACCACGGUGAAGCCGGCAACAAGGCCAGCAAGUUAAACUUAGGUCCCCCAUCGCCUCCCCGGCGCGGCCACCGAAGGAACGGGAGCGAAUACGAUGGAAGCGAAUAUGGAUCCGAGUCUGACCUUGACUCCCCCGGCAUGCUGCCCAGUUUAGUUGCCAAGAUCGAUGCUGUUGAGUCACUUGCGAGGAGAGGAACAGAAAGCAAUGGCGGUCCCACUGAUGGUGUGUUCAACCGUGUGACCGAGAGCUUGAGAGACCUUGGAUCUCAGGCCGGCGUUGAGGGCAGCGCAACAAGGCUUAUCACCGCUCACUCGGCCCUCACGACUCACCUUACGCACCAGACUCGUCAGCUACAUAAUUUGACGUUUCCUCUGCUCUCUCCCCUUGUUGCACCACCAGACUCGGAGACUGUUGACGAUUUAUUGCCCCUACUCAUAGAGUUGUCCGAAUCGAUGCCACGGCCAACAACGAAGGCUUACGAUUCCCUCACAGCCCUCCACACACUGACUUCCGACCUCGUACAGAGCCUCAACUACCUCUCAGACACUCUGCAUAUGUCAAGACAGACAACCACAACGGCCACGCGCCGGCUGAGAAGCGCCAAGGAGCUGGUCGCCGAGAUCAGAAGAGAGGAAGAGCUCAGCGAAGAAGGCGAGCGGUGGCUGACUCGUGGCAACUGGAGCGAAAGACUGCGGAAACGUGAAUGUGCAGGAGUGUGUGGUGAUGUCGUGAGUGGCUUUGAGGAAGUCUGCAACGGUUGGCGCGCCCGGCUACUAGAGCAAGCCGGUUCUGCCCCAGCCUGA